CGUCACGUGAGCGGGCAGCGGCCAUGCCCAAGUACUGCCGGGCCCCGCACUGCUCGAACGCGGCGGGACAGGCCCGGCCGCCCGCCCGCCGCCUCAGCUUCUACAAGUUCCCGCUGCACGACGCGCCGCGGCUGCGGCGAUGGCUGGCGCAGAUGCGGCGGGAGAACUGGGUGCCCACCCGCCACCAGCACCUCUGCAGUGACCAUUUUGAGCCCUCCUGCUUCCAGUACCGCUGGGGUGUCCGCUACCUGCGCCCCGACGCCGUCCCCACCAUCUUCCCCCGCAGCCCUCUGAAACAGGAGAAUCCCAGCACGGCUCCGGGCGCCACCCGGCCUCCCCAACCCCUCCCGGCGAGCGGCCCCGCGCCGGUGACACCAACACAGCCCCUCACCCCUAAAACUGCCACCCCGACGCCCGGCUCAGCCCUAACGGCGCCGGGUGAUGUCCCCGGUGCCGCCGCGUCGCCGGCAAACGUCGCGGCGGCUUUCCCCCGUCGCUUCCAAGGGGGUGCCGUCGCAGCUGAGCACCGGGAGCUCGUGGCGGUGGCGCUGGUGCUGCAGCGGAAGGUGAAGGUGCUGCAGCAGCGGCGGCGGCGGCACCGCGCUCGCCUGGCCGCCAUGGAGGGGCUGCUGCAGCGCCUGCGGCGCCAGAGCCGCCUCUCCGAGGAGAGGCUCCGCUCGGCCUGUUUGCAACCGGCGACACCGGCUCCCGCCGUCACCAUCAUCUGCCAAGAGGAGGAGGAGGAAGAGGAGGAAGAGGAGGAGCUGGUCUACGCCGCGCCACAAUCUACGGCAACAACCUGUGGCCCCGAGCGGCCGUGACACCGGCGGCACCGGGAACCUGCUGGGACCUUGGGGGGUGUCACCUUCGCACUGGUUUUUUUUGGGGGGGGGGGGGGGGAGGGCUCCCAUG